UGUAAUUUAGCCCAAAAACAGGGUCAUUUUCUUAUCUCUCAAUUUAAAGCGAGCCAUAGCCAGAACCUGGCGGGAAAGUUAAAAGCCAAAGCCCAAAUUCAGCUCUUCUGUUCUUCUUCAUUGCAACCAAAGAAGCAGGAAAAGAACAGAGUAAAGAAAUGGAAGAAUCCAAAGAGAAAAUGUGUUGGAGAAAAGAAGUGGAUCAGAAUCUAAAGCGGCUCCAAUCGCUGCUCUUCGGCGCCGAGCUCUGUCUUGAGAAGCAGGAUUUCGCGGCGGCUCAGAUCCUCUUGCUUCGACUUCUCGGCUUCCUCGAUUCUCGCUCUCACUCCGAAGUCGAUGAGGCCUUCACUGGUCCCAUCCGUAACGGCGCCGUCUCUAAGCUUGACUCAGCUCGCCGUGCCCUCGUUCAAGAAUCUGAUCGCCUAGCAUUUGAACAAGCAGGAAAAGCUCCUGGUUGUGUUUUUGGCAUGAAAGGAGGUAUUGACAUUGAUAAAAUCAAGCAAUCAAGUUAUUUCUGUGCACUGCUUCAGCAAUCUAAAGGAAAAGCUCUAAGUGAAUUGGGAGGACAGCAAGAGAGGCAAGAUAAGUUGAUUAGCAAGCCGUCACAAGCUAUGACGCAGGCAAAGUUGACAUCUUUGUAUGGAAACAAAAUUACAACAGCAAAUAAUUGCUCAUAUAAAAGUUCUUUGAACUCCAAAGAUAACAGUUCCAAAGAUUGUGUUAUAGUGGAAAAGGGUCAUUCUUAUCACAACCUCCGUAGGGGACACAGUGUUUCAACCUUUUCCAAAGUUGAAGAGGAAGAAAGAGGCCAUGGGAAUAGCUCGGGGACAAAGCGCGCACACAUAGAAAUCAGUACCUUCAGAAACGACAGUGAAAGGUCAUCGCCAAGCAAUGAAGAAUCUAAUGCCGAUGUUUCGGGGAAUGGAUUUGUAACAGCAAGAGCAAAACUGGAAAUGGAUGUGAGACAAAAACGAGGGCUGGCUGGUUCUCCAAGUGCUUCUAUCUCCCCACAGAAAGAUACCAAUUUUAAUUCUAGAGGUUAUGGUGCAAAAUCAUAUGGUUUUUCACGCCGUGGAGUUCGUGGUAAUUUUGUUCCCCCUAUAAGAUCUAAUGGGGGCAGUUCUGGAAAUGUGACAUCACGAAUUGGCGGAAAGAGUGAUGAUACAUUAGAUGACUCAACAAGGGCAUGCUUGGAAAUGCUGUGUGGUCCUGAUGGUGAGCUUCCCGAAAAAUUAAGGAAUUUGGAACCCCGCCUUAUUGAGCAUGUCAGCAAUGAGAUUAUGGAUCGAGAUCCAAAUGUUCGGUGGGAUGAUAUUGCUGGCUUGGAGCAUGCCAAAAAAUGUGUGACAGAGAUGGUCAUAUGGCCUUUAUUACGUCCUGACAUAUUUAGAGGCUGUCGCUCUCCUGGAAGAGGUCUUCUUCUCUUUGGUCCCCCAGGAACAGGCAAAACAAUGAUUGGAAAAGCUAUAGCUGGUGAAGCAAAAGCCACCUUCUUCUACAUAUCUGCUAGUUCAUUGACAAGCAAGUGGAUUGGCGAGGGUGAAAAGCUAGUGAGGGCGCUUUUUGGAGUGGCAAGUUGUCGUCAGCCGGCUGUAAUUUUUGUUGAUGAAAUAGAUUCACUUCUAUCUCAGCGUAAGUCAGAAGGUGAGCAUGAAUCAAGUAGAAGACUCAAGACACAGUUCCUCAUUGAAAUGGAGGGCUUUGAUAUUGGCAGUGAGCAGAUUCUUCUUAUAGGAGCAACAAAUAGACCUCAAGAACUAGAUGAAGCAGCAAGGAGAAGGCUUACCAAGAGGCUUUAUAUCCCCCUUCCUUCAUCAGAAGCAAGAGCCUGGAUAGUACGUAAUCUGUUGGAGAAGGAUGGACUAUUCAAACUUUCGGAAGAGGAUAUUGACGCCAUAUGCAAGUUAACUGAAGGCUACUCAGGAUCAGAUAUGAAAAACUUAGUGAAAGAUGCAUCUAUGGGACCUCUUAGAGAGGCUCUGAGACAAGGCAUAGAAAUUACAAAGCUCAAGAAAGAGGAUAUGCGGUCAGUAACUCUUCAGGAUUUUGAGAAUGCAUUACAAGAGGUCCGACCCUCAGUUUCUCUGAACGAAUUGGGUACGUAUGAAGAAUGGAACAAACAAUUUGGAAGCUUAUCACUCUAAAGAUUGCACAAAGAAUCAAAACAAAACAGAGAUUGUUUUUGCUUUUAAUUGGCAGAAAAGAAUCACGCUUGUAAGCAGUAAGUAGCAUCUUACUACUUUGACCUCUACGAAAAUGAGAUACUUUACUACUUUGAUUUCUAUUAUCCCGUGGGUAUUGUGUUAUCAAUUUGAAUCAAGGUAGUUAACC